AUGGUAAGAGUUGAGGACAUGUUGAACCAGUUUGUUGGGUACGCAUGGUCACUUCUUGUGGAGCAUGUAUUUGACGUGUCGGAGUGUAGGGAUGGGCAUUUGCACGUUCAGGCCAAAUUGCUUUUCUGUGCCAUCACAAGCAGCCUGUGCGAUUGUACUAGUUGUCAACUGAAGAACGCACAUAAUCUUCGACUCGUGCCUUUCAACUUUUGCAUUUUGCUACAGAUGCUACCGACGUGCUACUGCAUGUUUACGCUCUAUUAUCGUCGUCGUCAGACGUGGUGUAUAGUCCCGAACAUCGAUGUCGAUAUUGUGAGGACACCUUUUGUCCUCUCCACUGCGAUUGCUUCCCCUGGCGUAGUCUGGCUGGUAACUGCCAGCUCUCUGUCAGAAAUAAUCCCGCCCACCCUCGCCUGGAGCCGAGAGCGGCGAUGGCACGGACAUGGCAGGACGGCGAGGCAGGAGGAGAGUAUACGGAGCCAUCCUCCUGUGUAG